AAAGCUACAACACCAAGUUUAUGUGAAUCUUUUGGCAUACGAUGAACAAAGGUAGAGAGAGUGAUAUUUAUGUUUAAAAGAAGUUAGGUCGUUAUGUUGUUUGGAAUUAGAUGAUCGUGAUUCACGCAUGCUGAGCUAUGAGUAAAGGGAGCGUAACCUCGCAGGACUAUCACAGGUAAAUUUCUGGAUUUAUAUAACAUUUGGAAAGCCAUGUCUCGGGGAUUAACUCCACCUCCUUACUGCCCCACUGAGAUCGGUGUCAUGAGGGAUUGUAAUGCUAGCGCUGUUCGUUUGCAUGAUUACAUCAUGAGGGGCAAGCUCAGAAAACUGAAACGCCUUUUGAAGAAAGGGGUUGAUGUGGAGUGCCAGAAUACGGCUGGACAGACCCCUCUCUUCAUAUCUGCACUUUUUGGGCAUUACCAGGAGACUGACCUGUUAUUGCAGUAUGGAGCAAACCCAAACAAACGCACUUUUAAUGGCAGCACCCCAGUGCAUGCUGCAGCAUUCUCCUGCAAUCCCAGCAUACUGUGCAGGAUCUUGGAAGCUGGCGGGGAUUUGAGACUACAUGACCGUGAGGGCAAGACCCCUCAGGAUUGGGCAGAGGCUGCUGAAGAUUCUCGAAAUGUGGAGAUUUUAGAGUAUAUUCGUCACUGCCGAUGCCAGAUGGUUAGAUUUUCACAGCACAUUGAGCCAUUUGGUACAAGAAAGGUCAUCCUGAGCUGCAACCCUAGCUACCUUUCACCUCGACGACGCACUCGACGCUGGUUAUCACCAUUCCGCUUGCUGCAGCCAUCUACUUCAACUAUUCAGCAGAACAUUCACAGCUUUGGCUUUGGAAAGUUUUAUUUAGACAAUGUACACAUCUCUGGCUUUGUGGCUUCUACUCCAAUUGCAGCAGAAGGGGAGUUGAUUCAAGCUGAAAAUGAACUUGACCGAUCAUUUGAAAAUGGACCCUUCACAGUCAUGAAAAACCUGCUUUGGAACGGACAACAAGUUAGUGUCAGAGAGCUGAAGCCGCCAUCCCAUCCUCACUGCAGCAGACCUCAUGGUAUCACUGACCUCCUCAUUAGUGACCAGGAGCAUUGCAGGCACUUUCACCACCCAAACAUACUUCUGCUCAUGGCUGUCUGCUUGUCCAGUGACCCAGAGCACCUCCAGUUAGUGUAUGAAAGAAUUGAGUUUGGAUCGCUGUAUAACCUACUACACGUUCAGAGAUCUGAGUCUUCAUUUCUGACUAGUGAGAUGAUCGUACGCCUUUUACUACAGAUCUGUGAAGCACUGAUGUAUCUUCACUUUCGGGGUUAUAUCCAUCGAGCUCUUACCUCUCACGCAGUUCAGCUGGUACUGCCUGGUGUUGCCAAAUUAUCCAACUUUGAGUACACGGGCAAGUGGUCAGAGAAUGGAUUCUGCAUGGAUGUCUUCAGCAGCCCUAUUCCUCUUCAGCUUUACAACUGGCUACCCUUGGAGGUGAUUCGUGAACAACCAACAACUGUAAAGUCAGAUAUCUACAGUUACUGUACUAUUGUCCAGGAGUUAUUUACAGAUACAGUCCCUUGGCAAGGUCAAGAUGGAAUGAUGGUCAAAGAAUUAAUGGUGUCUGGUCUAACACUGAGUACUGACAUUCGUGUCCCACAACCAUUUUUUCAUCUGGUAAAGUCUGGUCUGUGCCUAAGACGUCGAGAUCGCACAGUGACUUUACAAGAUAUGAAGUACAGUUUACGUAGUAGUUUACAGGAUGUAAUGAGGAAUUCUGAGCGCCACAUCUCCAUGACAGGACUACCUCCCAUACCACAGGCUUCACCACCACGUCUUUACCCUGACAUCAACAGUGUACGUUGGGCAGAGCAAGAUGAAGUUGAUGCAGAAGAGCUUCCAGGAUAUUUCUUUCCAGCUGAGGUGGAUGAUAAAGAUGUAUUGUACUAUGAGAUGGACAGGUUGUCAAAAGCUAGUUUGUCCACUGCCAGCUCUGAGCCACGAAGCCUGCCAUCUGAGGAUCAGUACUGCUCGAUAGAUGAUGUAGGACCCACUGCCACCCCAGGCAAUGAUCCCUUGUGUACAGCACAGCCCACCCUGCCAGUUGAAGAGAUCACUACAAGACUGACACCAGGGGAUGCUCAGGGGGAAAGAGAUCUUGGAAUGGAUGAGAUGUGCAUCAGAAAGACUGGUUUAAUUUCUUUACUAGACGUACCACAGCUGAGUUCUGCAGCAUCAACAAGUGUCGACACAGCAGCUGCCCGUCAAACAACCAGACAAAAAAGAGAAAAGAUAAAAGGCUACAGUGUGCGCCAAGGGGUGGAAUUUGAGGUUGAUUCUGAGAGCAGUCUUUUGCUAGAGACAGUGUGUAUUUCAACUGAGCAGGAAGGAUCUGUGUCUGAAGCAGAGGAACCUCUUUGCCCUGACAUACGUUGUUCUGUAUCAGAGGAUGAGACAGCAUCUACAAAUUCUAAAACAUUUCUUGAAUCUUCCCUUUGUGAAGAGCAUUUGCUAAUAACAAAUCUUCAUGAGUCUGCUGCCCUGCUGGAUGAAGCACAGACCUCCUUGGACCGGCUAGAGGAACAUUUCACCAGUGGAAUAAACACCUUACAGCAGCUUACAAACCAGAAGAAGAGCAUCCUGUGCUUUGGCAGCAAAUCAAAACCAUCAUUCACAGACCUCAAGGAAGUCGACCAGAAUGGGGAAAGCCACUAUGAAGCAGAGCGUGUAAGCAUCGGAGUACCCUCUAGUGGUGACUGUUCUUAUUCCAGUACAAAACCACAAGAUCAUAAGGUAGCAGAACCCCCUGGCAUAGAUGUGGCCGAUUGCUUUGUAUUCAGGUCUUUGGAUGAAGAGAAGCAAGGUGGAUUUAACAUGGAGCCGUCCACACCAGCGAAAGGUUCAGCUAGUCCAAGCACUGAACCCCCAGUUCCAUGCCGGCCUCCAGUGCAUCUGUGGAGAGUGGGGAUCAGGCCUGCCAUAAAACAGAUUUCAUCAGCAGCCCGUGGCGUGUGUUAUAGCCACAGCGAUAGAAUAUCAAGAAGCAGGGACCCCAGCAAGCCGCAUCAAUCAGAUUAUAGACAUACAGUGUGUGGUUUUGACCUUGGAGUGACUGAGAAGUCCACCAGCCUCAGGAGACUGCAGGAUCAUCGCUCAUUGCAGGGAGUCACUGAUUUCUCUUCCUGGGUGCUGAACCGAGACAGACAGACCAGUUUGGCAGGAAAUGACUUUGCAGAGGUACUGGAUAAUCAGGUGGUACCCGUUAAAGCACCAGAGGAUCAGCAACACUUGAAGGAGACUGAGGCAGGAUUGGAUGCUACAUUCACCGGUCUUGAAUCGCUUGACUUGAUGCAGGAGAUUAUUGAAGAAUUAAAGAUCAGCAGAUGCAGAGCUUUGGAUAACACAGCAACAUCAUCUCAGCCUGAGCUACUUAACAAAGAGCUGGGGGAAGGAACUGUUGCGUCAGGAAGUGGCUAUACUUCCAAAACAUGACUCACUGGAAAUAGUACACCAGUGUAUACCAACAGAGACCCAGUUUCCAGAUCUACUGCCAGAGAAAGUUUCUUUUAAGUCAGCUAUUUAUCCAGCGGUUCUGUAGCUUUGACCAAGGAAGGUGGGCAGAAAAGGUGAAGAGAAAGUAUGAAGAGAGGCACAGAGGACAGACGGACAUUUAUUUUCUGAACUUCACGGUUAAUUCAAGCUCUCUGGACAGCACAUCAUGUAUGAUUAUUAAUUUCAGAGAGUUUAUGGCUCCAACCUAGCCAACUAUUUUGACAUGAUAGCUUACAGGUAUGAAAUGUACAGAUUUCAUCAUGUGAUCCCAUACAAGAAACGCACCAGAGUACUGGUAAUUCUGGCAGUGAGUACUUACUGUGCACUAUCCUUUCAUUAUCUUCUAGCUAAUUAGCCAAUGAAACGUUUGCUGUUAAACAUGGGAAUGACCAUCUCAAAGCUUGCAAAUAUCACCAGUUCCAAGACCUGCUUUGUUUCUUUAAAAUUUUAUUCCAUUCCAGAAACAGUCUUUAUGUACAUGUUGGAAAAUAAGAGGUGUGUCGUACAACCAAAUAAAGUGAUUUUGCUUGGGUGA